GGCGCUCUUGGCCUUCGGUCCUGCGGCAGCGCUGCGCUCGCCCCGCUGCGGUUCGCACCCUCGCGGCUGCCCCGUGGCCCUUUCCAGCGCCGCGCAUCGCCGUGGGCCUCCAGCCCUUCAGCCUGGCGCCGGGCCCCGCCGCAGGGGUCUCGCGUGCCGACCCCGCUAGGCAUCCGGCCUGGAGCCCUGCUGGGUCCCGCCGUGUCCUGCGUUACCCACCGCUGAUCAGCCUGCCCUCCUUGUCGCAGCGCCUUCGUCCCUCCGCGGAGCUCUGCCUUCCGCGUAUGGGUUCAGCCCGGCCCUGCUUCCAGCAGGAGCUUAGGGAGCUCGUGUGUCUCCAGGCCUUGGAGCAAACAGCUGUGCACCGAAGGAAGAGGCUGCUUCCAUUCUCGCCUCUUAAAACGCUGGAACGCGGUUUCCACCAGGCUGGAAGGUUCAUGUUUCGGGAGUGAAUAGGCAGCUGCCAACUCAGUCAUGUUAGUGACUGCCAGCUGGAAUAAACCUUUCUAGCUCGCUCUGUUGGCUUGCUUUUGAUCUGGCUUCGGUCCGUAGAACUCUCCUUCCACAGUCUCCUCGUGAAUUCCCAAGAUGCAGGCAGAGUCCCUUCUCCACAGCGGCUACUUCCACCCCGUGCUACGCUCCUGGCAGUGUUCAGCAACCACCUUCGAUGCUUCCAACCUCAUCUACCCCAUUUUUGUCACCGACAGCCCCGAUGCGGUGGAGCCGAUCGCCAGCCUCCCCGGGCAAGCCAGGUAUGGAGUCAACAAGCUGGAGGGGAUGCUGUGCCCCCUUGUCGAGGAUGGCCUGAAGUGUGUGCUCAUCUUCGGGGUGCCCAGCAAGGUCCCCAAGGAUGAGAGAGGCUCUGCUGCGGAUGCGGAGGAUACACCUGCCAUUCAGGCAAUUAAAAAGAUCCGCUCCACCUUCCCAGAGCUGCUCAUUGCCUGCGACGUCUGCCUGUGCCCUUACACAUCCCACGGGCACUGCGGUAUCCUGCGUGAAGAUGGCACCAUCCAGAAUGAGCUCAGUUGCCAGCGGCUAGCAGAAGUGUCACUGGCUUAUGCCAAGGCAGGCUGCCACAUCGUUGCCCCCUCGGAUAUGAUGGAUGGGCGCGUAGCGGCCAUGAAGACGGCGCUGAUCUCCAAUGACAUGGGCAACAAGGUCUCAGUGAUGAGCUACAGCGCCAAGUUUGCAUCCUGUUUUUAUGGUCCCUUCAGAGACGCUGCGCUAUCCAAACCUGCGUUUGGAGACAGGCGAUGCUACCAGCUGCCUCCGGGCGCCAGGGGCCUGGCCGUGCGAGCCGUGGACCGGGAUGUGCGUGAGGGAGCAGAUAUGCUGAUGGUGAAACCUGGGAUGCCCUACCUGGACCUCGUGAGGGAUGUCAAGGCCCGACAUCCCACCCAUCCGCUGGCAGUGUACCACGUGUCCGGGGAGUUCGCGAUGCUGUGGCACGGGGCACAGGCUGGUGCCUUCAACCUGAAGGCUGCAGUCAUGGAGGCGAUGACCGCGUUCAGGCGCGCAGGGGCCGACGCCAUCAUCACGUACUUCGUGCCGCAGCUGCUGCGCUGGCUGAAGGAGGAGGCGGCGGCGGGCCGGGCCUGAGCGGGGCCGGGCCUGAGCGGGGCCGGGCUGGGCGACGGCGGGCGGGGGCAGCGAAGGCUCGCGGCGGCGG